GAAAACCGUCGACGACGAUAAUCGACCGCGUGCGUUUUUAGAUUCGUCGGUGGUAGUGCACCAAGCUGUAGUGUAUUGAGUUAUAUUCAGUAAACCGCUCUUGAUGUUUUGAGUAUUUUAAUUAGCCUCUAUCCAAUGUAGAUAUGUGAUAACUUCGCAGACUGUUACAAUUUAUUUGACUAAUAUUCAUCCACUAUUUCAAGUGCAAUUAUUAGAUUUUUGUGGUGAAAAGCAGAGGAAAACUGAUGCUCCUGACAUCGCGUCAACGGACCUCGCAGGUCGUCGGAGAACUUCGGCUGAGUGUUGACGACAGCUUCUAGUGAUAACAUUUAUCGCACCGUAAGCACUUGAACCCCAACGUACGUCCCUCAGUCGUUGACGAGUUAUACAACUCUAAACAUCAGAAAAUGGCUCUGACGUGCUGGGAGAAGCUAGCAGUGGUGGUUGUUGCAGCUGUGGGUUUGAGGAUUAUCGUCAGAUUGACGGUCUUCACCUGGAAGAAAUUGAUAGGGCCUUCUCUGGGUUGUGGAAUCGACCUUGCGACCCAGGGGAGAUGGGCAGUGGUAACUGGAGCUACUGAUGGCCUUGGCAAAGCUUUCGCACAGGCCCUUGCUGCCAAGGGACUUGACAUUGUACUGGUCUCUAGAUCUCUGCCAAAACUAGAGAGUGUUGCUAAAGAAAUUAAGGAACAGUACAAAGUGGAGACAAGGAUUGUCGAGGCCGAUCUCACCGAAGGACAACCUGUCUAUGCAAAAAUCGCUAAGACCAUUGAGGAACUUGAGGUGGGUGUACUAGUGAAUAAUGCAGGAACGAGCUACGAUCACCCAGAAAUUUUCACAAACGUGACAGAGGAGACAAUUGCAAGGAUAUUGCAGUUGAACGUAGCUGGUGUAACUGGAGUAGCUCGAGCAGUGUUCCCAGGAAUGAUGGAGAGAAGGAAAGGAGUAAUAAUUAAUAUCAGCUCGACAGCAGCGGCCAUCCCAAGCCCCUACCUAUCGGUUUACGCAGCGAGUAAAGCAUUCGUGGAUAAACUCAGUGCAGACCUUGCUGCUGAGGGUAAACCUAGAGGCGUUACUGUGCAGUGUGUCCUCCCGGGUCCUGUGGCCACAAAAAUGUCAAAAAUCAAGAAAGCAACAUGGAUGGCUCCUAGUCCUGAUAAAUUCGUGGAGUCUUCAUUAAAAACUGUAGGAAUAGAAUCGAGAACUACUGGAUAUCCUCCUCACUGUUUGAUAAUCGGUUUCGUCAACGGUCUUCGCUGUGUUUGUGAGAAAGGUGCCAUUUGGCUAGUAUCUAGAACAAUGAUGAAUAUUCGAGGUCGUGCACUACGACGAAAGAAGGAAAAAAGUGAAGUCGAGGAAGAAAUUACUGAAAUACCUAGAAGAGAAGAAAUUCCGAUUGAAUAAGUAAUUUAUCACCAAUGCUCAAUUUUUUUUCGUUAAAUCCUAUGAAUUUUAUCUUCCGUAUUAGUCAUAACUGUACAUUAAUAAAUUAAGUAUUUUUAUCUGACUAUUAAUGAAAUUCCGAAUAAAGUAACAACUAUUCAGUAAAUGAAGCUUAAA